UUCCUUAUAUCUUGUUUCUAUCUGUUGAGAUAGCAAUAUUGUUUCUGUUGGCAGGAAAUUUACUGUACAAAUUUACACUGUGUAUCCUUCCAUCUGAGAUUAGCUGAUGUUCAUGGGCACGUCUGUGCUAUUGCAAAAAGUUACCACUGUUGCUGUCCAUCUCUCUUGAUCACACCAUCCUUUCGUUAUCUAUUUUAUUCAACACUGCAGUAUCAAAGGCUUUGACAUUGGAGUGAAUGUAAAAUUCCUGGAUUUGGUUUGCCCAGAGAUAAGAUUUUACCCAUGAGCAGUUCAGGAGCCAAGGAAGACAUAUUGAAAGUCAAAAAUGAAUAUUGAAGUAUCUUUGUUUGUUUGUUGUGUUUGUUUGCUUCCUUGUGUAUUCUGAACCCUCUUUAUGUUUUUCUUAUGUUCAUAUUUUUCUUUGUUGCAACUGUCGCAUGACAGCGGACAUCUAUAUAGCAUUACCUGUGGAAGUGACAUGAAGACAUGUAUUUCUGUUUGAUUUUCAGGUCAUAUAACAACUUGCCUUAGGGUGUAAAAACUUCUGUAGGAAAACAGCCACAACUUUCCUCUUCCUGUUAUGCAAAAUAAAUGAUUUGGGAAAACUAUCAUGCCACGAAACUAUAUUCGAAAAACUGACUGGGGCUCAGCAACCUAUGAGGAGCUGGAAAAAGCAUUCGUUGAUGUCAAAUGUGGCAAAUCCAUCAGAACAGUGGCAAAAGAGAGAAACAUUGGCAGGUCCACCCUGCAGAGGUACAUGAAAAAAGCAGAAGAAAAGAGAGAAAAGACAGUCGGGUACAGAGGAACAGCAGAAGCCAAAAGGAUCUUGUCUGAGGAGUUAGAGGAGGAGCUGGCGGAAAACAUCAGGACGCUGGCAGAACGCUGCAGUGGCAUUACUCCAAAGAAAUGCAGAGAAAUGGCAUUUGAAUUGACACAAAGAAAAAACCUUCCUGUUCCCAACAACUGGGGAGAGCAAAGGUUAGCAGGUCGAGACUGGUUCAGCAGUUUCGCAGCCCGCCACAAUCUCUACUGCUAUAUACCUGAAGCGACAUCUUUGGGAAGUCAUGGACAGGUCAUCAGUUUCAGUCUUGUCAACCAAAAUGAAGUCAAGAAACAAAUCAAAGAGGAGAAUAAUGUACCCAUCUUGAUUCAUGACACUUUAGAGGAUGAGAAUGCUGAGAUUUGUGAUUCAAACCAAGACCUGUUAGAUACUGACUUGUUUCUUACUUGAUGUUAUAUGGUGAACAGAAAAAUAAAUAAAUAGUUUCUCAGUUGUUUAUGCCAAGUACAAACAUUAAAAAAUGUUGAUUAUUAAAACCGUUUCUUGUUGGUUUUGAGAUAUUUUUUACUGAAAGUGAUUUGGAAUUAUGUAAUACAUAGUUAUUUUUUCUUUUGGAGUUUUGUUUAUGUUUUUACUUGAGAAAGUAAAGUGUCCAACUUAUUUAUUCAAGCACUUUUUCAAUACAGCUGUGCCAUUAUUUUUUAUUAACUUGUGAGUUAACUCACCGAGCACUUUAUUAGAAACACCUGUACACCUACUUAUUCAUGUGCUUAUCUAAUCAGCCAAUCAUGUGACAGGAGUGCAGUGCAUAAAAUCAUGCAGAUACAGGUCAGGAGUUUCAGUUUAUAUUCACAUCAACCAUCAGAAUGGGGAAAACAUGUGAUCUCAGUGAUUUGGACCGUGGCAUGAUUUUUGGUGCCAGACUUGCUGGUUUGCGUAUUUCUGUAACUACUGAUCUCCUGGGAUUUUCACACACGACAGUCUCUAGAGUUUACUCAGAAUGGUGCCAAAAACAAACAAAAAAAACAUCUAGUGAGGGGCAGUUCUUGUUGAUGAGAGAGAUCAACGGAGAAUGGCCAGACUGGUUCAAACUGACAGAAAGUUUAAGGUAACUCCGAUAACUGCUCUGUACAAUUGUAGUGAGCAAAAUAGCAUCUCAGAAUGCAUAACACAUCGAAACUUGAGGCGGAUGGGCUACAACAGCAGAAGACCACGUCGGGCAGUUUAGUAGGACCAUAUUGUUCCUAAUAAAGUGCUCAAUGAGUGUAUAUACU